CAGCACUGCGCGUGAACGGAAAAGACCAGGAAACGGCAAGAUGGCGUUCGACGGAGAAGACUUAUUGUGGUUAUGAUAGUACUUUGUUCUUAAUCCGUACGUACAUGUACACAUAUAUGCUGUUUAAUAGUGCAAACUUCGUUAAUAUUUGUUUGUGUCGGAUAAAUUAGUCUGAGCGCACUUUGACGCUCCUCGUGUUAGCUUAGCUUAGCGUGCUAGUUAGCUUAGCGUGUUAGCUGCUAACAAAGAGAGGCGGAAGUGAUCAAAACACAUCGCUAAGCAGAGAUCAAGUGUGAGUGUAAAGUGUUGUGAUUGUGUGAAAAUGUGCGAAAGAACGAUAGCAGAGUACGAGGAGGAACUACUGGACGCUGUUUUCGAAGAAUAUGAAGUUUUGUCACAAAGAACAGACCAGCAGCUCCCCCACAUCAAAGAGGAAGAGGAGGAAGUGUGGAUCACCCAGGUGGGAGAGAGUCUUCUCGGGCAGGAGGAGGCUGAUCUCACCAAGUUUCCACUGACUGUUGUCUCUGUGAAGACUGAAGACCAUGAAGACAAACCACCUGAGUCCUCACAGCUUCAUCACAGUCCAAAUGUCUGUGAAGAACAUAUUCUCCCUGAGCAGCAGGAGUGGACCUCCAGGAUAGAGCAGGAGGAGCCGCAGCCCCCCUAUAUUAAAGAGGAGGAGGACCCAAAGCCGCCCCACAUCAAAGAUGAAGAGGAGGAGUCGCAGCCCCACCACAAUAACAAGGAAAAAGAGGAACACAGCGACGAUCUUAAAGGACUGGAGGAGGUUGAUGUCACCAAGAUGCCAGUGACUGGUGUCCCUGUGAAGAGUGAAGGUGAUGAGGUCAAAGGUGAAAGUGAGGAGGAGAGAGAGGCGGAGCCUCCAAGCAGCAGCUCAACUCAACACAUGACAACAGAAGCUGAUGGAGACCACUGUGGAGGAUCACAAGCAGACAAGCUCUUAGCUCCACUAUCAGAUAGUGAGGACACAACGUCACACUCUCCUGACACUGAUGAUGAAGACUCUAAAGAUGAUAAGACAUGUCACACUGACAACACACACUUCACAUGUUCUCACUGUGACAAAACUUUUAAUGACCGUCACAAUAUGAAAAGACACAUGAGAAUACACACUGGAGAAAAACCUUUUUCCUGUUCAAAAUGUGGUAAAAGCUUUCAACGAAACGACGUGUUGAAAGACCACAUGAGAACACACACCGGAGAUAAACCUUUUUCCUGCUCAGAAUGUGGUAAAAGUUUUGUAAAACAUAGCCAUUUGAAAGUGCACAUGAGAAUACACACUGGAGAAAAACUUAAAAAAGAUAAGACACGUCACACUGACAAUACACGCUUUAAAUGUUCUCACUGUGACAAAACCUUUAUAUACCGUUGUGCUCUAAUAACACACGUGCGAAAACACACUGGAGAAAAACCUUUUUCCUGCUCAGAAUGUGGUAAAGGAUUUGUACGACAUGGCUAUUUGAAAGUACACAUGAGAAUACACACUGGAGAAAAACUCAAUACCUGUCCAAUCUGUGGUAAAACCUUUUUAGAAAAACACCAUUUAAAAGCACACAUGACAACACACACUGGAGGUAAAUCUUUAUCCUGUUCAGUAUGUGGUAAACAUUUCGUAUGGAAACGAUAUUUGAAAGAACACAUGCAACUACACACUGGAGAGAGAACAGUUUCCUGCUCAGAAUGUGGUAAAGUUUUUACACAACAAAAUAAAUUAAAAGUACACAUGAGAACCCACACUGGAGAGAAAGUGUUUAGUUGCAGUGUGUGUAAUGAGAGAUUCUCUUACGGGAAUCAGUGUAAGAAACACAAGUGUGCUGGUGAGAACAGCAGCAGCAAAUGAAGUUGCAGGAUUUGAAAUAUACUGUCAAAACUUUGUUAACUUUGACUUUCUAACAACAUCAGCACAUGUAACAUAUAAUGACUGUCUCAGAAUCCUGCUCGGAAAGCCCAUUUAAACUGAUGUUUAAAUGUAUAUGUAGACUGCAGGGGUCCAAGAAUGAUCUUAUUAUACAGAUUACCAAUCCUAGGUGUAAUUCUAUAUUUUUAUUGUUUUAUUGCUGCUUUUAUUCAUUUAUUAGAUGUCUUGUACUGAAUAUGCACAAGCACUGUUUUUUAAUAUUAUGUGAUAAUGCCUUUUGUACUGUAUUUUCUUUAUUUUAUGUACUGUAUGUAAUUUUAUGUCUACUUGGACAUUAGAGUCUGCAAUAAAGCUUGAUUGAUUGAUAUA